AUGGCAGACGCGGUGCGACGGGCUGUCUGGGAUGGCAGUAUCCCCUUCAAGGUCAUGCUAGACCCCAGCGAAUGUCGUAUCUUCGACAAGGCCGACCCGUACUAUUUCCAAGCCGACCGAGUCGCCUAUUUACCCUUCUACCUGCCACGGAUAUACAAGUUCUUCGAGGACUUCCUGAUAGACAAGGCUGUAGCAACGGUGGAGAAUGCCUGGUUCGAGGUGGAUAAUGCUCCAUUGAGAUGGCACUGGCCUAUUGGUCUACUAUACGACUUCUACACUGCCCUAGAUCCCACGAAGACACCUACAUUACCUCCGACAAAUCACGAUAGGCCGGGUUCUCCUCCUCUUGCUGCUGAUCUCGAGCCUGGCGCUGCACCUGUCCCGUGGACGAUUACUCUUCGAUUCGCUUCAUACCCACACGAUUUCUUAACCACACUUACACCUACCUCUACACACGAUGCAUUUAUCAAUUCUAUCAAAGAGGCUGAUUUCUCCCGGAACGGAACGGCAAAGGCCGUAAUGAGUUUAAGUCCUAGCGAUACUCGAGAACUAUUUGCUAGUCUGCAGGAUCAUGACUACAACAGGUUCUGGGGCGUAACCGAUAAAUUGUUAAACCAUUCGGGCAUAACGGUAAAGAAUAUUCCAAUUAGGAUCUAUAACCCAGAGACGGGUCAAGUGAUCCAGGGUAGCGUACCAACGAGGCAGCCAGGGACCAUACGUGGCGACGCACAAACUCUCGGCACGGCCCUCAACUCUCUCGUCCCUAUAAUCUUCCCAUCCAAACGGAGCGUGGUUCUCGCCCGUCCCGUUAUGCACGGCAUCGUCCUCCCGCUAAGCGCACCUUUAUUGGAAUUAAUGAGAGAAGCGAUGUACCCAGACGGGUUUCUGCACAUUACACUCGCGAUGAUGUAG